AUGCAUCCCAGUUCGAGGCCAAGCAUGUUGCCGAGCACAUCUCCUAGCUUGACACCAAGCACGUUACCCAGCUCAUUACCAUCACCAAUACCAAGUGGGAGUCCAAGCUCUGCUCCAAUCUUCAUUUUUACAUCAUACUCACAACUUUAUACCGCAUUGGGAACUUCGAAUAAUUGUGAUGGGGAUUACUCUUCAACAGGACCCUAUGGUGCAAUAUCGACUUGGGAUGUAAGCAGAGUAUCAUCCUUAAACCAGAUCUUCCAAAGUUGCAGUGCCUUCAAUGAGGAUAUAUCCGGUUGGGAUACUAGUCAGGUCACAACAAUGUUGCAGGCGUUUGCUCUAGCAACCAGUUUCAAUGGAGAUGUAUCUAGUUGGGACACAAGAAAGGUCACAAGCAUGUAUUACAUGUUUUAUGAAGCCGAUGUGUUCAAUGUUGAUGUAUCAGGUUGGGAUGUCAGUUCUGUUACUGACUAUACUUCCAUGUUUAGUGGUGCUGAUGUGUUCAAAAAAGACCUGAAUAACUGGGGCACCAAAAUCACAGAUACCUCAGCAUUCAAAAAUAGCAUGUUUGUUGGAACUUCAUGCCCUAUAACCACAGAUCCGGACCUCACGGCAAGUCCCAAGGGACCAUUUUGCUACCCUUAA